AUGUUGACGGUGAUCAACACAAAACUCUUUGAAAAGAAAAAAACUAAUAUAAGACCUUCACCUUAUCCAGGCGAUGUGUUGAAGCUGCAAAUGGAUGUCUCUUUUGAAACAGAGACAAGAUUGAGGAUUAAGAUUUUUGAUCCAGUGAAGAAAAGAUUUGAAGUUCCAUUUCCAGUACCAAAAGUAAAAAUACAAGCAAAAAACCCUCAAUAUGUAUUUCAAACAACACCAGUGGGUCAGCUAUUUCACUUUAAUGUCUCAAGAAUUGAUCCAGUGACGUCUAAAACAUCAACAAUAUUAAUUCGUUCAAGUGGAACUUUAGUUUUUGCUGAUCAAUUUCUUCAACUGUCAUACUUCUUACCCUCAAAUUUUAUAUAUGGACUUGGAGAACAUCAUGGUCCACUGCUACAUUCCACAAAAUGGUCCAAGAUUCCAUUAUGGAACAAGGACCAUAUUCCUAAGGAUAAGCUGAACCUCUAUGGAACACACCCAUUUUAUCAAAUACUUGAGAAAAAUGGCAAAAGCCAUGGAGUAUUUUUGAGGAACAGUAAUGCAAUGGAUAUUAUUCUACAACCUUCUCCUGCUAUAACCUGGCGUCCAAUUGGUGGUAUUUUUGAUUUUUAUGUCUUCCUGGGUCCAACUCCUGCUGAUGUGGUGCAGCAAUACACUGAUGUCAUUGGUCGUCCAUUCAUGCCACCCUACUGGAGCCUAGGAUUUCAUCUGUGCAGGUUUGGCUACCCAACUGCUAACAAGACACUGAGCAUUAUGAAUCGAGUCCGAGCAGCAGGAAUACCUCAGGAUGUGCAAUGGAGUGAUAUCGAUUAUGCAUAUAAGAGAAGGGAUUUCACCUUUGAUUCUAAAAAGUUUGGAGAUCUGCCAGGUAUGGUGCAAGAAAUCCAUAAUCGAGGAAUGAAAUAUGUCCUGAUAAUAGAUCCUGGUAUUUAUGCUGGGCCAAAGAAGAAGUCCUAUAUUCCUUACAGUCUUGGAAUGGAUAUGGGCAUUUUUAUUAAUGAUAGUUCAGGGACCAAACCUCUGUUUGGUAAGGUUUGGCCUGGAAUUACAGUUUUCCCAGAUUUUACAAAUCCGAAAACAACAAAAUAUUGGCAUAUUCUGAUAAGCAAGUUCCACGAAAGAGUCAAGUUUGAUGGACUCUGGCUGGAUAUGAAUGAGAUAUCCAACUUUGUCACUGGUUCAAUUGAUGGUUGUCCCAAACAUUCUCAACUGGAAAAUCCACCAUAUGUACCAGGUAUUCAUGGGAAGGUACUCAGGUUUGCAACCAUUUGUACAUCAGCUAAGCAAUACUUGUCCACUCAGUACAAUCUUCAUAAUUUAUAUGGCUUAACUGAGACAAUGGUCAGCUAUAAAGUUUUAGCUAAAAUCUGGAAUAAGCGGCCAUUCCUGAUUUCACGUUCGACCUUCUCAGGCAGUGGGCAUUAUGGUGGACAUUGGACUGGAGACAACCGAGCCAUUGCAACUGAUAUGAAAGCUUCUAUCGCUGAUAUGAUUAACUUCAACAUUUUUGGAAUUCCAAUGAUUGGUGCUGAUAUUUGUGGCUUCCAUUUGAACACAUCCCGGGUGCUGUGCCAACGUUGGUAUCAGCUUGGAGCAUUCUAUCCUUUUUCUAGAAGUCAUAACUCUUUACAUCUAAAAGAUCAAGACCCAGCAGCAUUUGGAAAGGCAUUUGCUGAAUCUACUCGGAAAGCCUAUCUCACCAGAUAUUCUCUGUUGCCUUAUCUCUACACCCUAUUCUAUAGAAGUCAUGUGAAUGGCUCUACAGUUGUCAGACCCUUGUUUUAUGAAUUCCCACUUGACAAAAAAACUUAUGCACUGGACACACAAUUCCUGUGGGGCCCAGCUUUGAUGUUUUCACCUGUUUUGGUUCCAAAUGAACUAUCUGUCACGGCUUACUUUCCUCGGGAUAUAUGGUACAAUUUCUACACAGGUAAAACUGUACCAUCUACAUCUGGUUACCAUGUCCUUGAAGCACCUCUUGAUGUCAUAAAUAUUCAUCUUCGUGGGGGAUACAUUCUCCCUCUUCAAGAUCCUGAGCUCACAACAUUUCGCAGCCGUAAAAAUUCAUUCACCCUCCUUGUAGCUCUGAAUAUCAAGAGUAAGGCCAGAGGAGAAAUUUAUUGGGAUGAUGGUGACUCAUUAGAUUCAGUAACGAACAAUAAAAAUAAUUUAAUAUCCUUUCAUGCUGAAAAGGAUUUUGUGAAGAAUGAAGUCAUUCAUAAAAACUAUUUAUUGGAGCCCAUGAUUCUAAGCAAUGUGACAGUAUUUGGACUUCAAGCAAAACCAAAAGUCGUGUUCUUCAAUAGACAUCCAGUGUUUUUCUCUUAUAAAAACGAAACAAAGGUUUUGUAUGUGACCAAACUGAAAGCAAACCUUCUUGACCCUUUCCAGUUAACUUGGUCUUUGGGAUAA